AAUGGCUUUUGUAUAUAGAAGUGAAAAUAGAGUAACUUACAUUCCAAAAACUGAACAAGUGGGACCUGGAUAAUAUGAUCACAUCCCUGAAAUAGAAAAUAGAUCUAAUCAUCAUCCCUUUAAUUCAACCGUCGAAAGAAUAAAUAAAUCUAAUUAGCCUAAACCUGUUCCUGGCCCUGGAACUUACAACCUAUAAGGGUCCUUCGAGUGUCAAAAGGUUAUCUUUUAAUCAGAUGAACAAGAAAUCAAAAUUUUGGAAGUACCUAAACCAAUAUCAGUUUUCAGAUCCACUACUGUGAGAUUUAAGGAGGAUAGAUUUGAAGGACCUGGGUAUAAUCGUCAUAUUCUAUCCUUAGUCCUACACAAUACUUCUAAGAAGAAAGAAAGAAAUUUCAUUCGGCCGGUUAACCCAAUCGCUCAAAAAAAAUUAAUGUUUUGGAGUAAUUAGUAAAGGAGAACAAAUACCUAAGCAUACCCUCCAUUCCUUCUAAUGUCCAUUAAGGCUACAUUGAGAAUAAAGGUUAUACUCUAUAAUAUAUGAAGACAAUCAGUUGGAAUAAAAUCCUAUUGACUCAUCUAAUGAUGUCGGACCAGGAUCUUAUGAUCUUAAAAGUACAUUCAAUAAUACAAAACCCAGAGGAGUAUCAUGGCAUAAACCUAGAAGCCAAGACAAAAAAGACAAUAAGUCACCUAUAGGCCCUGGUUAUUAUGAUAUCUGUGGUUAAUCCUAACCUAUGUACUAAAUGAAACCAACAACAGCAUUCAGUUCUAAACAAAGUAGGAAUUCUGAUUUCAGAUUUUAAAAUCUAAAAAACAACACUGGAUACAUUAAAAAAGGAUUGGAUAAUAAAUAAUAUAGUUUUCAUCAAUCUACUAAUCCAGCUACUACAGCUAGAGAAACUGAUGCAGAUUCAGAAUAUAGUUACAUUGAAGUAUUUUAUAUCAAUCAAAUAGGAUGCAACUCCAGGUCCUGGCUACUAUGAAAAUGCCUCUACCCAGUAAACGAUUUCUUAAUUUUUAAAUAAAUCUUAAGCAAAAGGCUCAAUCAAAACAAGAACUAAAAGAUUUCAUACAAAAUCUUAGCAUACUCCUGGCCCUGGUAGUUAUUAAGUGGAAGUGAUAGCUCAUCGUUAUAAAGGGGCUUAACCUCCCUUUUUAAUGAGCAAAACUAGAUUUGAAGAAUAAUUUUCAGAGACACCUGCUCCUGGUUAAUACAAGGCUGCUAAUACUAUGGAAUAAAGAUUGAUAUAAAAAUUAAUGAAAGCUCCAUUAGGAUAAUUUGGAGUUAAUGAGAAUAGAUUUAAAGAAUAAAAAUUAUUAGUUCCUGGUCCAGGAUCAUAUGAAGUAGAUAAAAAUGAUGAUACAAAAAAAGAUAAGAAAUUACCAGAAUAAAAAGGAACAUAUGCAUUUAUGAGUCAUGCACCUAAAAGUUAAGAUUUAUCAAUUCCAAAUAUAAAUCCAGCUCCAGGUGCUUAUAAUGUUAAUUAACAUACAAUUGCUAAUAAAAUAAUUAAACCAGAAGAAGAUGAUCCUAAAUUGGCAGUAAUUAAACCACCAUUUGGAGUUGGAUCUGAAAGAUGGAAAAUAAAAGAAGCAAAUGAAGAUGAAGAAGAUGAUGAACCUUUUUAUUUAGAAAAAUCAGCAUAAAAUUAAUUAGGAUUAUUUAAAAAGAAAAAGAAAGAUCCACCACCAUUUAUGUGCAAAGUAUUAAUCAAAUUAUAUAUAUUAAUAGUAAGAAAGAUUUUCAAAAAGUGUACCUAAAGAUAAUAUACCUGGUCCUAUGGAUUAUGCUGAUGGAAUGUAUCCUAAUUGGAAUAAAAGAACAUUUAAUAUUAUAUUUGCUGAAAUUUGA